UCAACAAAAAUUAAACACAUCUGGAAUGAAAUGGAGCCUUCAGAAUUGGCCGCAAGCAAUAAAUAUCCAACUGGCUGCCAGUGCUUAGACAAUCCACCGCCAGAUCCCCACAACCAUAUUAUAUGGAAUAAUAUAACAAUGGAAAUCUGUCGGGUUUGCCUGGGAACGUCAGAAAACAUGGUCAAUAUAUUUAAUGGAAUGACGGGAGGAAGCGUUUCCAUUGCGGAAAUGAUUUCUGAUUGUACUGGCUUUGACGUUUCUAUAGGAGAUUCGCUCCCCGACACCAUUUGCAGCGAUUGCUUUAAAGAUGCACAAAAUGCAUUUGAGAUAAAGCAACGUUACGAGAAGAGCCACCGGAUCUUCUGUCAGUUGAAAAAUGGAAUAUCUGGAAAUAAGUGUACUAGUUUCGGCAAGGGUACGAUAGCUGUAAAGGUGGAUAAAGGAGAAAGUGUGUAUACAAAUGAAGAUAACGUCGAAGUAAUGAAAGAGCAGUUCUGCAAUCAAGUCAAAAACGAGCCAAUUGAAGAAGACAUAUUCACGGAAGAUCAUCUCAGUAUUAUUGAUUUUGAAGUUAAUCACUCAAACUUCCUAAUAAAAUGUGAAGAAUUCAACAAAAAAUCUGAUGACCAAGGCAAUGCGGAGAAUGCCCGUAAAGCAUUUUCUUACAAGUGUUCCCACUGUCAAAAGGCCUUUUCAAAAAACAAAUCCCUUCAACUACACAUUCGGACCCAUACAAAAGAACGAUCAUUCAAAUGUUCCCAGUGCGAGAAGUCCUUUUCGCACAAUAGAACACUUCAGCUACACGUCCACCGCAGCCACACAGGAGAACGUCCUUUUAAGUGUUCCUAUUGCCAGGAGUCAUUUUUUCGAGAGGGACCUCUCCAGAAGCACAUCAAUACUCACAUAGAACGACCGUUCAAGUGUUCCCACUGUCAAAAGACUUUUUCCCAAAAGAGAACCCUUCAACUACACGCCCGCACCCACACAGGAGAACGACCUUACAAGUGUUCCCACUUCCAGGAGUCAUUUUCUCGAAAAGAACCUCUCCAGGAACACAUUCAUACUCACACAGAACGACCGUUCAAGUGUUCCCACUGUCAAAAGACUUUUUCCCAAAAGAGAACUCUUGAUCAGCACAUCCGGACCCAUACAAGAGAAAGACCUUACAAGUGUUCUCACUGCAAGGAGUCAUUUUUUCGAAAAGGAACUCUACAGGAGCAUAUUCUGACACACACAGGGGAGCGACCGUUCAAGUGUUCCCAUUGCCAGAAGGCUUUUUCACAUAGCAGAACUCUACAACUGCACAUCCGUAUACACACAGGAGAACGACCUUACAAGUGUUCCCACUGCCCGGAUAGGUUUGCACGAAAAGAAAGUCUUCAGCGACACAUUCGGAGCCAUACAGGAGAACGCCCUUACAAGUGUAGCCACUGCCAGAAGUCUUUCACACGAAAUCAGAAUCUUAAUAUACAUAUGGUCACCCACACUGGGGAACGGGCGUAACAUAAACUAUAAACUAUGUGCAAAUACUUUUUGCAGAUAUAAAUUAGAGAGUAAACGUCGGCUUAUUUACUAGACGUAAUUAUUAUAAUACAAAAAAACUACAAAAGAAAACAUAAAUUUAAAUUUGUACAUUUAUGUAUAUACAUUCCCUAAUGGCGAUCCCUAGAUAAUCUAUUCAGAUAGCCUCUCUGGAUGGUCUUUAUGUAGUCUAUCCAGGUGUGAUCACAAUAUCGAGUGCAAGUUAGUGAAUGGUUAGAGAAGGAUCUUAGAAAAUUUCGUUAAUAAUCGAUACUUUUCGGUAUUUCUGUCCUGUUAGAUAAUAAAAAUAAAAUAAUAAAUAUAAAUAAGAUUAAAAUGACCAGCACCUAUUUACUACAAAUUAUUAUAUUAAUAUUUCAGAAGAGCUUGGAAUUCAUAAUUUUAUACCUUGUAUUAUUGGUCGUCAUUAA